GCCCACGAGGGGAGAGAGAGAGAGAGGCAAGGGCGAUGAUUGACAGAAAGGUCGCAGAGGAAUGGCAUUGGUACUGGCAUGGCCUUCAUUCCAUCCUCUUUGAAAACCUCUUCACUAACAGUCAUCAUCACGCUUCUUCUCAUCUUGCUCUUCUUCUUCUUAAUUCCACCCUCCUCUCCCAUUCCUUUACGUAGGUCACUCCUCUUAACAACAACAACAUCAUCACCAUUGUGCUCCAACAAAUCCCAAUCCAAUGGACUCCUCAACUAUCACUGUCUCUUCCCCCAAAACUCAACCCUCUCCAUCCCCUUCCUCUCAUUAUUCCUUCUCCUCCACUUCUACAUCCUCAUCACCACCGCUCAGCAUCACUUCUCCAUCGUCACCACCAAACUCGCCUCUCACCUCAACCUCUCUCCCAGCAUGGCCGCCGUCACUCUCCUCGCCCUCGGCAACGGCUCCCCCGACGUCUUCUCUUCCCUCGCCGCUCUACGCGCCGGCCAAUACCGCACCGGCUUCGGCGCCAUCCUCUCCGCCGGAACCUUCGUCUCCGCGCUCGUCGUCGGCUUUGUUGCGAUCUACGCCGCACCUUUCUCCGUCGAUCCCGCGCCAUUCGUUAGGGAUGUGCUGUUCUACCUGACUGCCGCAUUUUUCCUCUUCUACGUGUAUCUCAGUGCCGAGAUUUUUCUUUGGCAAGCCGUUGGAUUCGUUGGAUUCUAUCUGUUCUUCGUAGGUCUUGUGUUCUACAUGGACUUAGGGAUGGCAGAUCGCAGGGAAAAGCUCUCCGCGGAUCUUGAGGGACAGAAGGAAUCGCUCGCCGUCGAUUGCGACGUAAAAGUUUCCGGAUCUCUCGACGAAGCGAAACGCGAUUCUGGAUUGCUUGGAGCCGUUCGAUUGAUUUCUACUGCAUGGGAACUUCCUGUCUCUACACUCUUAAGAUUGACAAUCCCUCAACCAGCACCAUCGCAGUGGAGCAGAUUCUAUGCAUCAGCCAAUAUUGCACUUUGUCCACUAGCCCUCUUGUAUGCUUGCGACUCAUUCAUGCCAUUUAAUUAUCCUAUAGUGUUCCUCCUUCCCAACACUCACUUCCCCCUGUGGUCAGUAGUAUUCAUGACAAGCUUUCCUCUUGCGUUUCUUCAUUUUGUAAUGGAAAAAGAGCCCCCAAAAACAGAGCAUAUGCCUGUGGUCAUCAUGGCAUUUGUGAUGAGUGUGUUUUGGAUAUCCACUACAGCUGGAGAACUGGUGAACUGCCUUGAAGCUCUAGGUGCGCUUCUCAAAUUGUCGCCAGCACUCCUAGGUCUUACGGUGCUGGCAUGGGGAAAUUCCGUGGGGGAUCUUGUUGCUGAUGUUGCGGUCGCUAAAGCUGGUCAUCCAGCGAUGGCAAUGGCCGGAUGCUUUGCGGGACCAAUGUUUAACAUGCUUGUUGGUCUUGGAAGUGCUUUGGUCAUACAGACGGCCAAUAUAUAUCCCAAAGCCUAUGAGCUUAAUUUCCAUGUUGGUAUCGUUAUCGCAUUUGUAUUCCUGCUUUUAAGCCUUAUGGGGUCUCUCUUGGUGAUCACUUGGUGCAGAUUCCGAGUGCCUAAGUUUUGGGGAUUCUGUCUGGUAGGCGUCUACGUUGCUUUUAUGGCGGCGAGUUUAGUAAUAGCCAUGUUUUCAGGGUGAUUGUUCCUUAGGUAGAUUUGUGAUUUAUAUUCAUAACCAUACCCAAACAUAAGUUAGUUAAAUCCACUUACAUGGUAAUAUUGAAGGAAAAAUUCAUCUAGUAAAUUGAUGACAUAGCGUGUAAAUCAUCAUGAGUUUUUCCUUUUCCGUUUCUCCGUUAGGUUUAGGUAGACGGAAAUUUUUAGUUGGGUCCUGAUCACAUGAUUUCUUUUGGUACAUCAGAAAAUAAAAACUAUGAAUU